AUCCGGAUGUUUCUUUCCUCACAGGUACAGACCAUUAUGAUCCCCAGCAAACUGCAGAUCUGUUUGCUGAUAGCCGGCUAUCUCACUUAUCUCAUGGUGGGAGCCAGCAUAUUCCAAGUUCUAGAAAGAGAUGAAGACAGAAAGCAACAAGCCGCAGUGUUAAGAAUGAAGGAGGAUUUUUUACAGAAUUUCAGUUCCCUCACUCCAGUGGAGGUAGAAAUCUUUGUGAAGAAACUGACGGAAGCGGUCCGGAUGGGAAUGGAUCCGACAGGAAACGAGAACAGCAACUGGGAUUUCAGCAACUCUUUCUUCUUUGUAGGCUCCAUGUUAUCCACAAUAGGCUAUGGAAAUCUUUCUCCCAAAACAGCAGGAGGCCAGCUCUUCUGUGUCGUUUUUGCUCUCUUCGGCAUCCCCUUGAACAUCGUCUUCUUGCACCACAUUGGCAAGAUUCUCUCGCUGCUGUGUGAAAGGCUUGCUAAAUGCCUGUACAGGAAGGGUGUAAAGAAGAAAACAACAAGGGUUUUGACUCUUCUGUUCUUCCUGGUGAUGGGAAUUCUAGUUUUCAUCUGUGUGCCGUCAGUCAUCUUCCAAGUGAUGGAGGAUUGGACUUACAGCGAAGCAAUUUAUUUUGCAUUUAUUACCCUCAGCACAAUUGGUUUUGGAGAUUAUAUAAUAGGGAGACAGCAAAGCAAGAGAUAUUUUCCCUAUUACCGAAUGUUGGUAGCAAUCUGGAUUAUCUUUGGACUUGCAUGGAUAGCCCUUCUGUUUAAUUUACUGACAAAUUUACUGGAAGAUCCGGAUGCGAAGCCGGCGGAAGAACUCCUCCCAGUCAAGCCAUCAACACGAAGAAAGAGGAAGUCAAAAGGGUGUCCCGCGGAUCAGUUUCCACUUGAAAAUGGCUUAUAAUUACAUUCCAGUGGCGACGAACUGGAAAAGCAGUUAUAGCAGAAAGACAAUUAUAGCUUUGGAAAUCACACAUCAUUGGGGAUUUCUGGUGGAUUCUAGACAAUUAAGCAGAUUGUUAACGAUGAUAAGCAUCAUGUAAUUUCAAAUAAAAUUUGAAUGGUCAUGGAAUACUGGUUAUUGUUCUAAAGCUGCAUAUCGCCUGUCUUUACUUUAAUAAAGUAUCUUUAGCCAAAAA